GCAACCAGACCAACCGGAUCCAUCUUACCUAUCCUUCUCGUUUAUUCAUCCACCAUGAAGUUUCUCGCCGGUCUUUCUUGCCUCGCCGCCCUUGCGAGCGCCGCUGUUGUUGAUCUCAACAAGCGUGACAGUCCCAUCAACGUCAAGAUCGAAGCUGUCGGAAACACUGGUCUCAAGGCUAGCAUCACUAACACUGGUGCCUCUGAUCUCAAGGUCUUGAGGACUGGUUCCAUCCUUGGCAAGCUCGCUGUCGAGAAGGCCGAAGUCUUCACCGGAUCCGAGCAGGUUGCCUUUGAUGGUGUCCGUCUCCGCCUCGCUACCUCUGGCAUCGCUGAAGACGCCUUCGAGAUCAUUCCUGCCGGAAAAACUGUCGAUGUCGAGUGGGAUAUCGCCGAGGUUCACAACCUGAGCGCUGGCGGCAAGUUCGACGUUGCCGCUAAGGGCUCUUUCUCCUUCGCCAACGCUGAUAGCGACGAGAUCGUCGGUACCGCCAGCUUCAACUCCAAUAUCCUUAGCCUUGAGGUCGACGGCGCCGCCGCCGCCAAGGUCCGCCGUGAAUUCCACGAGAACAUCAAGCGCACAGUGGUCCAAAGCGAUUGCACUGGCACACAGCGUACAGCCACCACAACUGCCCUUUCCAACUGCCGCGCUCUUGCCGCCGCCGCCUCAUCCGCCGCUGUUUCCGGUCCUGCCGCGAAGAUGACCGAGUACUUCAAGUCCUCGUCUUCCUCCACUCGUUCUACCGUCGCCGCCGUCUUUGCCCGUGUCGCCAGCGAGUGUGGGAGCACCACCUCUGGAGUCUCUCGCCAGUACUGCACUGACAUAUACCCUGCCUGCUCAUCCGGUGUCAUCGCCUACACACUCCCCAGCCAAAGUUACAUGGUCAACUGUCCUUACUUCUUCAACAGCUUGACCGCUCUCUCUCGCACCUGCCACGCCCAGGAUCGGGCCACGACUGCACUGCACGAAGUGACUCAUUUGACCCAAAUCAAGGGAACCACUGACCAGAGCUCUUGCUAUGGCUACAGCUGUGUCCAAAGCCUGUCUGCAGCCCAGAACUUGAACCAUGCCGACACAUACGCUCUUUUCGCCAACGCCAUCUAUGUCGGCUGCUAAGCGAACCAUUGACAACAUUGUUGGCUCUUCGCUUAUGUCUGGCUUGUCCGUUGCGUCAUUCAUGUUGGUCUCCAUGGGUAUUGUUCGUGGGAGAUCACAACAUCAUAUUUCACGGUUUAUACGUAGUCUGCUUGAGAUGGCGAGUCUAGGCUCUAGCUUCUCGGCUGCAAAAUAUAGCACCGUGCUGCCUCGUAAAAUGUCGUUGGUACCAGAAUAUUAGAUGUUCUGACCCACAGUCCACUCCGACGAUACGUGUUUCUACGGCUUGGGUGAGGCAGUCUAGAUAGUAGAUAUUCAAGCCGUUUUCCCAUGACUUUCCCCACCCCAAAAAGUGACUCUGUGGCACCAUAUGAUGAUGAAUCAAUCGGAGCUUCGCAUCAUUCCGUG